GCCAUCCGCCGCCACUAGACACUAGUAGCCAGCCACUCCGCUUGCCUGUCGCUGUGGCUUGUACCGCGGCCACUGCUCUCGCUGCGCUUGCCACCAACGCUACCUCCGCUGGUAUUUAGAGGAGCCCCCGGCCUCCCACUCCCUUCGCCUCCGCGUCGUUGCGUGUUGCGGCCUCGCCAGUCGCCCCGCCUAACUUUCCUCUGCCUUCUCCACUCCUCACUCCACCCUGCUCCGUCCCUGAUCCACUGCCUGCCGCGCCGCCGCUGCAUUCCUUCCCAGUCCUCUGUUCUUCUCUGAGACAUGUCGAAGGUGUUAGGUCUUGUAGUGUAGCUACCUCCCCGUUUGUCACACAUUGCCUCCUGCGGCCUUCCUUCCCCUGUUCGGAGGCCGAGUAAACCGACUGACUCUGGUGGCAUGAUGCUCCCGUGUGCAGAAAAUUGUGGUGAAGCUGGAUUUGCAUGACAACAAGGACAAGCAGAAGGCUCUCAAGGCCGUCUCCGUGCUCGUCGGCAUCGACGCCGUCUCGGUGGACAUGGGGGCGCACAAGAUGACGGUGAUCGGCACGGUGGACCCGGUGGACGUGGUGAGCAAGCUGCGCAGCAAGUCCUGCGCCGCGCACAUCGACUCCGUCGGCCCCGCCAAGGAGCCCGAGAAGGAGGAGAAGAAGGAGGGCGACGGCGCCAAGAAGGAAGGCGACGGCAAGAAGGAAGAGGGGGACGGCAAGAAGGAAGGCGACGGCGCCAAGAAGGAAGGCGACGGCAAGAAGGAAGAGGGGGACGGCAAGAAGGAAGGCGACGGCGCCAAGAAGGAAGGCGAGGGCAAGAAGGAGGGCGACGGCAAGAAGGAGGAAGGCGGCGGCGGCGGGGGCGAGAAGAAGCCCGCCGCGGUGGCCCCGAUGCCGUUCCCGCUGCACCACCUGCCGCCGCCGUACAUGAACAUGGUCACGGCGGACUACAUGAACCAGUACCGCCCGCCGCCGCCGCCGCCCCCGGCGUACCACCCGUACGCGCCGCCGCCCUACUACUACGUGCGGAACAUGAGCAUGGAGGAGAACCCCAACUCCUGCGCCAUCUGCUGAAGAACAAGGUACAAGUAAUCGGAAGGAAGGAAGCCUUCGAUCGCCGGCCGCUUUCUCGCGCUGCAUGAGACCGAUCGAGGUAGGCGAACCAACGCACGUACGUGCCCCAUCCAUGUGUACAUCCGUCGUCGUCGAUCGUAUUGUUAUUAUUAUUAUGAGAUGAGAUGAGAUGACAAGACAAACAAAAAUCAAACCUAGUUUUGCGAGCCGAAACUAGCAGUUAAUUUGUAUCAACCUAAAUUUUAGCUGAAUUUUGUGAUGAGUAGUGCGUGCA